AUGGAUAAAGAGCCACUCACGCCUGUUCCAUCAGAGCAACUUCUUGGACCUGGAUAUGGUCAAGGUGUAUGGCCUUUGCGUGAGCGGUUGGCAUUAGCUACAGCUCUUUUAGACGUAGAUAAUCAGCAGGGAACCUGGUCCUCUACCAGUCGUCGUCUGAUGCCAUUUUCUAAACCAGGUCGGCCACCUACAUGGUGUUCGCCUAGAGCAUGUGCGAAACAGUACGCCUUACUUCUAGAUUCAAUUGAAUUGGUCAAGCGACAAAAUAUGCCGGGGAGUGACUCACAGUCAAGUCAGCUGAGUUUAGCUGAGCGUGUUGUGAAGCGUCUAAGUGCUGAACGAGCAGAAGAAUUAAGGUCGCGAAUACAACGUGAACAGAAGUACUACAGUUCAUUGAAAAGUAUUAUUUCGAACGUGGAAUCUGGCAUGUACGACAGUCAGUUACCCACUUUGUUGGAGCAAAUCAAGUCUUUCACCGAAUCAAAAAACAAACCGGAAAAUGUUACACCCAACAAGAGUACUUCUCAAAUCUAUAGUCCUUCGAAAACUGCGACUUCUGUUGGAGAUACAACUACCAAUGAAUUAGAACGCCAACCAGGGAUAAAAUGCUCAGAUAAUGUAGAUUCGGGAAUCGUAUCCACUGAAAGCAGUCCACAAAGUGCCGAAAACCUCCUCGGAUUAGUGAGAGAAAUACAAGAUUUUUAUCGGAUUCCUGAUUCAACAUGGUACUGUGCUCCUGGUCCGAUAAACAGUUGUAAGGCCUUUGGAAGUGUGACAAGUAGAUCUCGUCCAUCCACUGCAGUCGGUUCUGUUAAUUCCUCCCGUUUACUAGAUAAAGCAUCAUCACCACGUCGAGAACCUGGAGUGCCUUCCAGACAUUCGGCUAAAAAAGCUAUGGAUUUUAAGUCUGGUAAACACGAUUCGGGUCAUACUACAGCUGCUUCACGUGCUGCUGAAGCAACAAAACAAAGGUAUUUGUCAAGAGCGAACAAGAGCAAAUUUGCGCAUAAUUUCGAAAAAUCGAAUCAAAAUAACAAAUGCCGUAAGCAAGCUAAUGAACACAAAAAUUUAUCUGACGACGCCUCACAUAAAAAUCAAUAUCGAAAUUCUACAGCUUCUACUUCUGCAUCAAAAGCAAACCGUGUAUAUGGAGGUAUCACUCGAAAGUCGAAGCUAUCGGGUUCCAUGAUACCUCAUCAGAAGCAAAACAGUAAUAUGAUUAGAAAUACUGUGUCCGAGAAACAAGAAAUUACUUAUACUUCUAGUGAUGAUGAUGAUGAUGACGGCGAAUAUAAAUCGGAUGAUGAGAGUUCCCUGUAUGAAGAGACAUCAACUGACAUGCAGACAGACACGUCUUCGUCAACACCAUCCACAAUCGCUAUGUAUGCGUCUGAUGUUGAAGAUUUUCUGAUUGAAGAAGAUGAUAAAUCAGACAAUACUGUUCCAAUUGACGAUACUGCUACCUACUGUGCUUUAGAUAACGAUCAACAAGUCACAGAAACGAUUGAUGAGAAUGAGGCGUAUCUUUUGAAUUCUGAAGAAGAUAAUUGCAUUGCAUCAGAUGUUGCCUCGUCUCUGUCUACUGAAGCUGUAGCUGAAGUUGAGUGUGAGGCUUCAGAUAAGCUUUCCUCAGUUUCCCCUAGUCCGACGAUUGUCAACACCACUGACGUCAUCGACACUGUGAUUGAAGAGGACAUAGAAAUCAAUGAAACAAGUCAAAAAUCAAUUGUGGAAACGGCUAUUGAAAGUUUGGUUCAAGAUUCACCUGUCGCUAGUAACCAUCCUCAAACUGAAAACAGAAAAGAUUUAGAAGGUGAAGAACUUUCAGCGACAGAUGUGAACUCUCCAAAAGUAGCUGCUGAAACUGAAAUCUUUGAAAAUACUGUGAUUAACACUGAGUCUAGUGAUACACCAACGAACUUCGUGCCUACUGGCGUGGAGCAUGAGUCGAGCGAAUGUGGUUCGGACAAGCCGAAUACUCCUGAUUUGACUUCGAGGACUUCUGAAACUGUGGUUGAUGAACCGUGCCAGUCGAAUAAUUCGUCCACCGAAGGAGGUCGUAAAAAUCGUAGUCUUACACUUCGAUUGAGUCGGAAAGGUACUCAACUUGUUGUUGUGUCUUCUUCAGAUUCAACACCUAAUUGUUCAUCUCAAGAUUUAAAUGAAUCAUUAAUAGAAACAUCUUUUGAUGGUACUUCUCAUGAUACUGAUUGGCGUAGUUGGGCGAAUCAAGUUCUGAGUGGUAGUGAACGAAUUGUGAAUACGUUGAUGUCAAAGAAUGAACGUUUGGCGCUUUCUCCUCGUUCCAAAAAUAAAUUGUCGGAAUCUCAAAUAAAAGAAUUGAUCGAUGAAUUACUAGAUCCUGUCGCGAGUGAUUUGAAUAAAGGAUUGGUUACAUCUAAGCAACAGUUUAUACAUCAUUUAUUGCGUCAACUAGCUGAGACUGCAAUGACACGACCAUGUAAUACAAUUAGAUAUCGUAUAGCUAUCGAAUUGUAUGAACAAUGGGAUCAACAAUUGCAAAUAGACGUUCCAGAGCCAAGUUCCACAUCAACGCCUAUCUAUUCAAACAUGAAUACUUCACUACCUUGGUCAAAUGAGUCAGGGGAUAAUUCACUGGAUGUAUCAAGCGAUCACCCGCCUACCUUAACGUCGAUCACUUCAUCGCUUGAUUCAUCUUCAUCUAAACUAUCUAGUGAUAUUUUUCAACCUUCUCCACCUGUUUUGUCAUUGGAUAAUAGUGAGUCGAAUGAUACAAGGGAAGAUCGGAAGGGCAAAAGAUGUCAACCAACGACGGUUGCAGAUGAUACUGAUUCCGCCAAUUAA